ACAGUACAUGGCUUUCAUUUCACCCUAAUAUUAAUGCCAAUUGAAAAAAUUCGGAUGGUAACAGCCACGUUAGAGGCAAAAUUAACAAAUUUACAUCUUUUCACUUUCUCUUCAAUCUAUAUUUCCGUAUUCAACACAAUUUGACUGUUCUAGGGUUUUUGCAUUCAUCAUGUUAUCGCUGUGGAUCUCACAAAUUGCCUGAUUUCGUAGUCGUCAUUAAAAACUUUGAUUUCAUAUUUUUAAAUAUCAGAUAAUUCGUUGUAAGGUCUGUUUUAUUUGCCUACUCUGUCCUGCAAGUGGUUCUCAAUAUUUUAAUCAUGGUGAUUUAGCUGGCAGUUGUGUUUUGCUCCCUUUCAGACUGGUUCUUAUCAAUGUUAUUUCAACCAUAGAUUAUUAGUAUCGAAAAUCUAAUAUGAUAGCUCCUUUCGUUCACAGUCUGAGGAUAUACGACACAUAAACAUCAAAUCCCCGUGCCCCCAAAAAACAAAAACCUAAUGCAAAUUUGCAAAGCACUUAUUGGUUUGAACGCAUGGAUUUUCCAAGUUUCCAGGACACAAAGUGACGGAUUGAAAGCGAAAUUAUGUCAACUGUGGCAAUUUGUGGAAAUAUCAUUUUUCAUAUACAGAGAAAGUCAAGCAUAGGAGACGACUCCGAACCGGAAUGCUGUGGUUAACUUUUUAAGUUCAAUUCUGACUUUCAUCUUGAAUAAGUCAUCUGAUAUCAUUUAUCCAGAAUAGGGGAGAGGGCCUAUAGGGACGGAGUUUAAUAAUGGGAUGUCAGUGGAAUACAAUUAUAUAAUUAGUCUAUUAGUUGAGGAAGAAAAAAAUGUCAUGUGAAUAUUUAUCUUUAAAAAUAUUUCACUAAAAUGCAUUGACACCACUUAUCUUAAAAAGAUUUCACUAAAAUGCAUUGAUACGACAUAUAAGACAGAGAUCUACAAAUUGUUUUUUAAGACUUUCAAACCGUUUAAACUUACAUAAGUGGGAAGGUAACAGCAUAAGUUUUUGGGUUGGGUGGAGCCUUGCUUCAGUUUCUAGGGAGCCGAGCGGAGAGAUUUAGUACUUUAAGUAUAUAAUGAAGAAAAAGGCCACCUUUCUGUCUGUUUCAGUUUUGUUUUGGUCUCUGGUAUUAUUUACUGCUGCACAAAGAACAUAUCCUAAUGAAGUUAGAGCCCUUGACAAAAUUAGGAGGAGUCUCGGAGAUUCUUUCGGAAACCUAAAUAGCUGGAAUCAUGGUGAUCCAUAUAACUCAAAGUGGAUAGGAGUUGUCUGCCAUGGCAAUGCUAGUGCUGAUGGAUAUUUUCACGUAAUGCAGCUGGAAUUGUUGAAUCUGAAUCUUUCUGGAAGUUUAGCUCCAGAAAUCGGACAACUACAACAGCUUACAGUUUUGAAUUUCAUGUGGAACAAGAUAAGUGGCACCAUCCCAAAGGCAAUAGGAAAUAUAACAACUCUCAAACUCUUGAGUCUAAGGAAUUGCGGCUUGCUGGGAUCUAUACCAGACUUUAGUAGCAUACCUGCUUUGUUAGUUUUAGAUCUGAGCCACAAUAAUCUGACAGGCAAGAUUCCAUCAUCUGCUCUCUCAAUGAACAUUACUACCAUUGAUCUAUCGCACAAUAAUCUUAAUGGAUCAAUACCAAAAAGCUUUGCAGCAUUGCCUCAACUUCAAAGGCUAUCACUUGAAAACAAUCAGCUCAGUGGUGCUGUACCAGAUGGCAUUGGGUUGAAUAUAAUAUUUGGUUCUAAUGCAACACUGUUUCUCGAUUUCCGAAACAAUAACCUUACCAAUGUAAAAGCUUCAAAAACUGCAACAAUUCCAAAUAUCACCAUGUGGUUGCAGGGUAACCCUGUUUGCAGCCAAAAUAGCCAAAGUAGAAUAGCUGAAUUCUGUGGUACUCAAAAGAGAAUUGAAGACACUUGUGGAAGCACCAACAACAGUUUUACUAAAUGCUCUCCGAACUCCUGUACAGCUCCAUAUUAUGAGUAUAUCCCAGGCACUGAUUGUUUCUGUGUGGUCCCCUUUGAAAUUGGAAUGCGUUUGAAGAGUCCUGGUUUCUCCCAGUUCCCUCAUUAUCGAAAGAGAUUUGACGAGUAUAUGUCAUCUGGAUUGAAUUUAAUUUUAUAUCAGUUUUCCGUAAUCACAUAUAUCUGGGAACCAGGUCCAAGAUUGUCGAUGAACACGAAGUUCUUCCCUCCUAAGAUUCGCGGAGUGUAUUUAUUCAAUGAAAGUGAGAUUCAUCGAAUACGAAAGAGAUUUGCUGAAUGGACAAUUCCUGAUAGUGAAAUAUUUGGGCCACGUGAAUGGAUAAAUAUUACACUUGAGGAGCCAUAUGCACGACCAAAUCAGUAUUACUUGAGGAGAAACAGGUCAAACACAAACCUACAAAAUUCACCAGAGACUGAAGAGGAGGGUAACCCUUUUUCAGCACCAGCUAUGGGUGACAGAGAUGGGGAAAGGGGAGAACCUAGCACUAGGGAGAUGCUCAGUGAUCUUGCUAGGAGUCAGAGGGAGCUCCAGGCUACAUUGCAGCAAAUGGCUAUAGCAUUUACACGACAUUUGACAAAAGCAAAUCAAGGCAAUAAUGGCAACCAAGGUAAUAAUACCAAUCAGGGUAAUAAUGCUAAUCAGGGAGGUGGACAGGGUAAUGGAGGUAAUGGAGACGCAUCGGUUAACAGGGGAACCGAGACAUAUGCUAGAGCAGGGAAGGCUUCAGCACGGACAUGGGUCCAGAAAUUAGAUACUUAUUUUCAGCUUAAUCCCAUGCUUGAGGAGGAUGCGAUUAAGUAUGUUGCAUUGCACUUGGAUGGGAGUGCACAUGAGUGGUGGCACCAUGGUAUGGUCACAUUGGGCCAUAAUCAGAUAGACACAUACGCAGAGUUCACUGAGAGGUUGAUUGACAGGUUUGAUACGAAGGAUCUAGAACUCCAUUUCAAGGAGUUAGCUCAGUUGAGACAGUGGGGUCCUAUCGACAGUUACAUCUCAGAUUUCCAGAGACUAUCAGUGUUGGUUACAGACAUUUCGGAGAGGAGGUUGAUUCCUCAGAAAAAGGAAUCAAAGAGGUUAGACAAUGAGACACUGAACGAGUUGAGGCGGAAAAAACUAUGUUUUCAGUGUAGGGAGCCGUGGGAUUUAUCUCACAAGUGUCCUCUGAAGGCUAAGGCCAACCAGAUGGAGUCCUUCUCUGCUGAGGAGUCACAGUCAGAGGAUGAGGAGCAGCAGUCAGAAUCUGAUGGUGAGAGCAGUGCCACUGAGGAGGGUUCAGGGAAUGAGAAGUCCUUAGCUAGAUUGACAGGUGCUCAAAAGGCAAUUACUUUUAAGGUGCGUGGCAUCAUACAAGGACAGAAGGUGGUUGCUUUGCUGGACACUGGGGCCACACAUAAUUUCAUAGAUUCACAGUUAGUGGCUAGGAGAGGGUGGCAAACUAAAGAACAUCCAGGAUUCCAAGUCAUGGUAGCUAGUGGUCACAAGUUACUAUGCACACAGAAGAUUACAAAUCCUUGCAUCAGACUGGGAGAUGCUUAUGAGCUUCAGGAUGAGUUCUAUGUUGUGGACAUGGAUGAUUAUGACGUCAUCCUAGGGAUGACUUGGAUGGCAUCGUUGAGAGAGUUUACUCUCAACAUGGAAAGAGUAGAGAUGAGGUUCCAGCAUGAGGGCAGGACCGUGGUACUCAAAGGAUUAUCAGAUGGUAGUUGUAGGAUAGUUUCUUUGAGGAGGAUGGAGAAGUUGUUCAAACAUGAUGAUGUUGAGUGGGCAGCGGAGUGCUUGAUUAUGCCAGCAUCACCAGAACCACAAGUUAAGAGUCAUCCGCCUGAUAUGCAGGACAUCCUUAAUAGACAUGCCAAGAAUAAGGGAGAGCACACGUUCCCUGCAGGUUUACUACAGCCCUUGCCCAUUCCGGACAAGAAAUGGGAAAGUAUUUCAAUGGACUUUAUCACUGGGUUACCACGAGUGCAAGGGAGAGAUUGCAUCUAUGUGGUGGUAGACCGCUUAACGAAGUUCACUCACUUCUUUGCUAUUCUGUCCACUUACACAGCAGCACAGCAAAGGGCUUGGGUUAGAUGGUUGCAUAUGGGAGAGUACUGUUACAAUACUGCAUAUCAUAUGUCCAUCAGGAUGACACCCUUCAUGGCACUUUAUGGUUAUGAAGCACCAAGCUUCAUGGAUUUGGUUUUGGGGGACAGCAAGGUGCCCAAAGCCAAAGACUUAUUGCAGGAUAGUCAGGAUAUCUUGAGAGUGCUCAAGGAGAACGUACAGCGGGCUCAGAAUCAGCAGAAGUUGUAUGCUGAUCAGCACAGGGUAGAACGCAGUUUUGAGGUAGGGGAUAUGGUGUACUUGAGGCUACAGCCAUAUAGGCAAUCAUCGCUCAAGAGGAGCGGAGCAGAGAAGCUGAAGCCUAGAUUUUAUGAAUUUAAUGUCAGGGAUAUCAAAUUGUUUUCUGAGCAGAUGUUGGUUUAUGAGUACAUGCCAAACGGAACUCUACGUGAACAUCUCUCCGCAAGCUCAAAAAAGCCUCUAAACUUUGUCCAGCGCCUUCGUAUUGCUUUGGGAGCAGCUAGAGGCAUUCUUUAUCUCCAUACUGAGGCCAAUCCUCCCAUAUUCCAUCGUGACAUAAAGGCAAGCAACAUAUUAUUGGAUCAUAAAUUUAAUGCGAGGGUUGCAGAUUUUGGCCUGUCAAAGCUUGCACCAUUACCUGAUCUUGAAGGUUCAGCUCCAGGUCAUGUAUCAACUGUAGUGAAGGGCACUCCGGGCUACCUCGAUCCAGAAUACUUCUUGACUCACAAGCUUACUGAUAAGAGUGAUGUUUACAGUUUUGGUGUGGUACUCCUUGAGCUUUUGACAGGCAUGCAACCCAUUCAACAUGGAAAGAACAUUGUCAGGGAGGUGAAAAUGGCACAUGAAUCUGGAAUGAUUCUAUCUGUGAUCGAUCAGAGGAUGGGUUCAUACCCUAUAGAAUGCUUGGAGCCAUUUAACAAUCUGGCAUUAUCCUGCUGCAAGAAUGAAACAGAUACACGCCCUUCCAUGGCUGAGGUGGUCGACAAGCUUGAGAAGAUCUUGCAGUUUACACCAAGACUAGACCCCACACCCAUGCAGUCUGGUGAAAUGGGUGCUUUCACAGAAAACGUACCCUUCUUAGUUGAGAUGACAAGUCAAAAUCCAUAUGUGUCUUCCAGUAUUCUUGGAAGUGAACUUGUGAGUGGAACCAUUCCUGAAAUCGUACCACGCUAAGGCAGCAUAGUUUUAGUUCACAAUAAAGAAAAUGGGUAUACCUGUGAUCAUUAUCUAUCUCAAAAGGUGCUGUCAGCAAGAGAUUGAUGAAGCUAAGUACCCAUCACACAGAUAUGUUGGGGAAUGAAUGUGAACACUUACUCCAUAUAUUGAUUAGGCUUCUUGUAAAAAUUGCAUACACCAGACCAAUAUUAUUUCUGUGAAUAUCAAAUUCCUAGUAGGAAAAUAGAGCCUUGCCUAGAAUCAGUAAGUACUUUGUGCUAAUGUUAUUGUUGUAUCAUUGUAAAUUAUAGUCCUGGAUCCAAUUUUAUACAGGACCUUAUGGGCCUGGCAGACUAUAACUCCUGUAUUUUUAUUGUUUAUAUGACUAUUUAUUUUUUAUAGUUCUGUAUCAUGUUUUAUACAGGACUAUAUAACCCAGCAGACUUUUAAACUCCUGUAUAUUUAUUUUACAUAUAAAUAUAGUUUUUUAAAAAAUAAUGGAAGAAGACAAAUUUGAAUUA